UCGCUGAGGGCAAGAAAGAUGAGAUGUGGGGGUUGAGUGGAGGAAGGAGCCUCCUUCCAAAGGGCAGAGGACGUCACACAUGGGAUGUCAUGGAACUGGGACUGUCAGAAGCUGUUGCACAAGCAUCUGUGUAGUAAAACUAAGGAGACCCUGAAGUGUCCUUGGGCUUGAGUGGGGCGGGACACAUGUGUGACAAACAGGUCUACCUUCCAAUCAGAGAGGAGCUAAUUCUUAGCCUGCUGAGGGGAGCACGCUCAGGUGAAAGUGGCUGCUGGGAAGUGACAAAUAAGGGAAAAGCAGGAAUCAGAAAGGAGAGAUGAGAUGGCCUACCCAGAGAGAGGAGCCUGUUCACAGGCUCUGUGCGUGACCAAGAGACCUGUCCGAGAUGGGUUCCUCUGACAACCUCCAUGCCUGCAUUCCCCCAGCAGUACCUUUUCCUGUAGCACCUGAUGCAACCUGUGGGAAGAGGCGGGAGGGCCUGGAGUUGGGCAGCUGUGCCUUCAUUGGGUAAAAACUGGGAAACAGGCAGGCAUGGACACUGCUGCCACCUAGUGGGAAAGCCUGUUAUUCCUCUAGGUUCCUAAUCCCAGGGUUGUCAGCUGAGCACUGAGGCCAGUUUGGGAGAUUGGCCCCGGGGUGCGGGGGGGAUGAGGGGGUGCAGCAGGCACCCUUGUGCUCCUGCAUUUGAGGACACAAGGCAGGAAGAGCCUCAAGGAGGAAAAUGCACACCCUUAGGAAGUGUAUGUUGCCCACAUCACUUUGCCCCUCUAUGCCUUGAUUCCCUCUUCUGUAAAAUGAGGGCAGUAGCACCUACUUUGUACGGUGUUAUGACGGUUAAAUGAGUCUGUCCAUGUAAAAUACUUGGCAUAGGACAAGUGCUCAAUAAAUUCUAACUGUGGUUGAUCCAAGGGGUAACUGGAGAUGUUUAACCUUGUCCCCCAUUCCCCCCUGAAAUCCACUGUGCCUGCUAUACAAAUGCAGCUUUCCUUAGUCCCAGCUUUCAGCAAGACUGCCCCACCAAGGCCCCUAUUAGUAAGUCCUGGGGCUUCCACUGUUAUUGUUCUAACAUCAGCAUCAACCCAAAGACUCCGUGGGUCCCAGCCUCUUCCCUUCGGAUGCAGGGGUUUGUAGGGAAGGGUCCCAGGCCUAACACUUUCCUCUCUCCCCUCACCCCAGAAUGUGCAAUCAGAAUGGCUCUAGGCUGUGACAUCACAGAGCCCUUACCCCAUCACAAGAGUGGAGGGGUGAUGAGGCUGUGGCAGUGGGCCUGGGUGUGGGUGUGGCUGGUUGGGCUGGGGACUGUAGAAUCAGCACCCAACCCGGAGAGUGCCAAGGCCUUGGCCCCAGGAGCAGAGUCUCCACUCUUCCUAGACAGACCUGACUUCUUUGAUUACCCAGACUCGGACCAAGCCAGGCUCCUGGCCCUGGCUCAGUUCAUUGGAGAGAGACCUGUCAUCUUUAACUCAGCAGAUUCCGACUCCAGGCUCUUCCAUCACAUCCUGGUGGGCGCUCUGGUGGCGGCCUUCUUCUUCCUUCUUUUCCAGUUCUGCACACACAUGUGAGGCCUGCCCCACCCCCAUCCCUGGCCCCACCCACCUCAGCCUUCCUGAAGAGAGGCUGAAGGACCCAAAGUCUCAGGGAAGUGGUGUGACUUCCCACCCCUGCUCUC